AUGGCCGAGGCACUCAUUUCCGCGGUUCUGGAACAAUUGGUUACAGUUUCUUUUGACCACACAAAAGAAGCUGUGAAACUGAUUUUGAAUGCUAAGAAAGAGGUCGAAAAAUUUAGCAGCAAUCUAGAAGCAAUUCAAGCUGUGCUCGAGGAUGCUGAGAAGCAGCAAGUGGAGAAGGAUAGCGUGAGAAACUGGUUGGAUAAGCUGAAUGAUGUCUCUUACGAGAUGGUUGACGUGCUAGAUAAGUGGAACACUGAAAUUCUGAAACAAGAGAUGAAAAAGAAAACCUCCAAGAAGGUAUGUUUCUCCAUUCCCUCGAAUUGUUUUUGUUUUGGCCUGGUCCAUAAGGCAACUCAUCUUCAUAGAAUAGCUACCGAGAUGAAAGAGUUGAAUGAAAAGCUAACUCUGAUUACUGCUCAGAAAGACCAGUUUCAGUUUCAUCAAUCAUCAACUCGUAGGAAUGAUGAACAACUUAAGCAACAGCUAAAAACUUCAUCAUUUGUCGAUAUUUCUAAAAUAUUUGGCAGAGAAGAAGCAAAAGCUGAUUUGUUAAGCAAGUUGUUGAGUGAUAGUAGUGAAGAAGGUAAAAGGGUCCUUGUCAUCCCUAUAGUGGGUAUGGGAGGGAUGGGCAAGACAACUCUUGCCCAAUUAGCCUACAACAAUGAAGAUGUAAAAACCUAUUUUGAAAAGAGAAUAUGGGUUUGUGUCUCAGAUCCUUUUGAUGAGGUGAAGAUUGCCAAAGCCAUUAUUAGGGGUACUGGUAGUAAUGAAGACCAGAAUUUAACUGAGUUGGACGAAGUCUUGCAGUGUAUGUCUAGAUGUAUUAAGGAGAAACAGUGCUUGAUUUUUCUAGAUGAUGUGUGGACCGAAGACCAAAGAAAAUGGGAAAGUUUAAACUUACCUUUAAUAAUGGAAAAAAAUUGUGCUGAAGGUAGUAAAAUAGUGGUGACCACACGAAAAGAGAGAGUUGCUCAGAUAAUGGGAGCAGCGACCCAAAUGAUCCAUUUAGAAAAGCUGAGUGAUGAAAAUUGUCUAGCAUUGUUUAGUAGCAUUGCAUAUUUGGAGAGGAAAAAAGAUGAGGCUAAUGGAUUUAGAGCUAUAGGUGAGAAAAUAGCCAAAAAGUGUAACGGCUUGCCACUUGCUGCAAAAACUUUAGGUGCUCUCAUGCGGUAUAAGAAGGAAAUGGGAGAUUGGCAGGAGGUCUUGGAUAGUAAGAUAUGGCUUCUAAAAGAGGUUGAGCAACAAGUUUUUCAACCACUUUUAUUAAGUUAUUAUGAGUUGGCCCCUAUAGUUAAGCGUUGCCUUUUAUACUGUGCUACAUUUCCAAAAGAUUAUCGGUUCAAGAAACACAAUUUGAUUGAGCUGUGGAUGUCACAGGAUUAUCUUAGUGGGAAAGACUAUAAAGAAAAGGAAAAAAUAGGUCAAAAUGUUUUCGAUACCUUAGUAAUGCGAUCAUUUUUCCAGGAUGUUGUGAAAGAAGUAUAUGAAUAUGACAAGAGCAUUACUGUAUUUUGCAAAAUGCAUGAUAUUGUGCAUGACUUUGUGCAAUUCCUCAAUAAGAUUGAAUGUUUUACAAUGGAGGCCAAGGAAGUAGACGGAAGAAAAACGGUAAUAAGUGAGAAGGUCCGUCAUUUGACGUUAAUGUUUGCACCCUUUGAUUCUCCACUUUCGGAUUUUAUUUCACCGGUCAAUCAGAAAAAGUUACGUACUCUUGCAACUUUUGAUUCAAGAAUGGAGAGCAUAGAUAUAAAAGCAAUCUCACAACUGAAAUAUCUGAGGACCUUAAAUUUGAGCUGCAACGGCAUUAGAGAACUUCCAGAAGAGGUGGGAGAAUUGAUACAUUUGAGGUAUCUCGACUUGUCUGAAAAUUAUGAUUUGAAGAAACUACCGGACAGUGUGGGAAAUUUAUACAAUUUGCAAACCUUGUGUCUUACUGACUGCAGUUAUCUUAGAGCACUGCCUGAAAAUAUGGGGAACUUGAUUAAUUUAAGACAUCUUCAUAACAUGGUUUGUGACCUAGAGUAUUUGCCGAGAGGUAUGGCGAGAUUAACAAGUCUGCAAACACUAAAUACGUGUCCUGUUAAUUAGGAGAUCUGGGAAGCUUCGACCAGCUUCAGGGUAGUCUCCGGAUUUUACUCGAGGGGAAUUUGAAGGAUACGGAUACGAGUGAGGCGCAGAAGGCUCUCUUGUCGAAUAAAAAGCUUCAUUAUUUGGGGCUACUUUUUCUAGGAUUGGAGAAGCAGAGCCAUGUACAAGUCCUGGAGGCGUUACGGCCGCAUCAAGAUCUGGAAAAUUUACUGAUUUUUGGGUAUCUUGGCACCGCCGCGCCCAGUUGGAUGCUAUCCUUACAGAAUUUGAGAUCCCUUUCUCUUGAUUCUUGGGAUGAACGCGAAUUGUUGCCUCCUCUUGGGAAAUUGCCGUUCCUUGAAGAACUAUCAGUAUCCUAUAUGGAGAAAGUGAAGACGGUUGGAGAUGAAUUUUUAGGAAUAACGGGUACUCAAACAUCAUCAUCAUCAUCAUCAUCAUCCUCUGUUUUAUUCCCAAAAUUGAAACAACUCACCUUUCACGGCAUGUGGGAGUGGAAACAGUGGGAAGGAGUUGGAGGGCGGACAGAAAACGGUGGUGAUGAAAUUACAAUUAUGCCAUGCCUUGUUUCCCUCAGAAUCGAGUACUGCCGUCAGCUGAUGAACCUGCCACUCUUCCUGCAAAAGACGCCGGUCAGGAAUGUUGAAAUCAGAAAAUGUCGUCGGAGUAUUAGAAUGCCUGUCUGGCCCGAGAACUGUGAGGUCGAAAUUUUUCAAGAUGAGGAGGAUCCGGUAAUACCGGAUGUUUCUGAGAGUGAUGAAACAGAGAUAGAGAGCGAUGAGGAGAUCACCACAACUUCGUGUGGAUGGAAAGCUUUGUGUGGAUAGAUUGCAACUGCAGGUUGUGAGUUAGUUGCGACGUCUGUAAAUAUGUGAUUCAGAGGAGUUGGAUUGUUCUUCCACAGAAAGCAGCUGCAGGUCUUAGGAGACAUGGCAAUGAGUUUCAGAUUAAAUGAUGCCUCAACUAUCUCACUUUCUUUUCCUAAGAAAAUGUUCCCACAACACCCUUUUAGUUAGGUCAGACCUCAGAGUAGCAGUGGAUCAGCAGAACAUGACACUUAUGUAGUCUUGAUGGCAAUGCAGAAGUAUGGAGACUCCAAGAUUGCAUCAAAGUUGUCAAGCCGGUGAUUAAUCAUUAAUCCGAUGAGAUACAAUGUAACAGUUAAAGGCUUCAGUUUUCAGUUGCAAGGAGUUAGAUGAUGCUGACGAUGUUGAUAAUGAUUGCGGUGAUGAUGAGCAAGAUGAUGAUUAGAAAGAUGAUGCUGACAAUGUUGAUGAUGAUUGGCAUCAGGAUCUAUGAUGCUGAAAGGAAAUGAUUUCCAGAAAGGCGGCUGUUGCCAAUCACAUCCACCUCUACUGCAGAGCAGAGAAAGAGACAUACAGAGAGCGAUGGCCAGGAGAGCGCCAUGGUCGCCUGAAAAUGCACAACACAGUAUUGUAUUAAGAAAUAUGGGACUGGUGGGUAUUGGAUUGCUGUUCCAAUGAAAACUGGUAACUUUUUGGUCAUAGCUAGCUGUUUCAAAUGAAAACCUUUUAACUUUUGCUUCUUAUCUUGGAAAACUUUUGGGUUCUUGAGUUGACGGCAGGAGUUGCAGAACAAGAUGGCUCAACUGUCUCAGCAGGGGGAAUGGAUGAUUAUCAAGCAGCGUACGUCAUCAACCAAAGUUGUAUCAUCUGUUUUGGCAUCCAUUCGUCUAAUUGUUUCCAUCAGAUGGGAUUUUCACGGCAUGAAAGCAAGGGAAGAGUGAACGGGAUCCAAGGCCUGAAUUAACUUCAGUUUCAGGCUUCGACCAAGUCAACCCAAAGACCAUGAGCAUGACCAAAAGUCUCAGUCAAUUCGCUUUCAAGUUCUGCCAAGUCCAAAGGCCCCAUGAGGUUCUGGAGAGGGUAGAAGAAAAGAGUGUCCCAAGCUUACGAAAUGUCCAAAUUCAAGAUGCAUGGUUAUAACAAGAUGGAUGGUCAUCGAAGUAUCAUUGUAUGUUGAUCAUACAAUGCUCAACCAUCGAAGGAUUUGGUUAUAGCAAUAUCUGGUUGUAUUUCUUCAAGUUGCAAAAAAUUAUGCAAAGUCAUGCUCACCCCUCGAAGUUGCAGUGGCUGGUUUCCUCAAGACAUGAUGACUAUCCGUUUAUAAGCAGGCCAGAAAGCAGAAAGGAAUUGAAUUGGUGCUGUCAAGCUGAUUAGUGCUAUGGUAAAUUGAUUUAUGCUUGCAUUCUGGAAUCCAUUUGACUGAUUGAUGUAGAUGCUUUUAGAGUUUUACCGUAACUAGUUAGUGGCUGAAGCUUUUCUGGCCAUGGAAGACCGGAAAGAAUACAUAUAUCUGCAUGCCUCAAAGUGUAAAUUGAAAUCACUUUCGAGAUGCAAUCAAGUGACACCAAAAAUGAGGGAAUGGCAUGCAUAGGCUUUUCAACUCUGUAGUGGAAGCUUAAGUGGCUGUUGAGAAUUUCAAACUUGCUGCUCCAUCAAAUCACCAGCAUAUCACUUGUGGCUGAACUGAUCUCAUUUGCACGAGCAACUCUUCAAAAGUGAUCUAUUGUCCGCUUGCUGAGAUGCAUAAACUCCACACUUUCUUAUCGAGUUGGACUAGUACUCGUGAAUGAAGCUAAUGGCACUGCUGAUUAUGCUGCAAAUAAGCUUGCUAGAAAGAGGAUGUGCACUGAAUGUGGAGUGCAUCUCUCCAUGAACCUCCAACUUCUCUGUGUUUACAUUGUAUUCAUUUUUUCUUUAAUGAAGUACAAUUUCAGACCAGAACUAAAAUGGCUGUAAUAGUUGUAUUACCAAGACACUGGUGUAAGGCAAGACCAAGAGACCCAACACAAUUAGAAGUGCUAGUUAUAUUGCCGGAACUCAACUUUUGAUAGGAAGAGUUCAUAUUUGGCCACAGAGUUUGGUCUUGGUCUUUUGUGAUUACUUUAACCAGAACAAGUGACAUUAUAGUGAUUAUACUGAUCACUUACAUAGUUA